AUGGCAGAUCCCAUAAGCUUGUCAUCGGGCCUACUGGCGUUGGCACUGUUUGCACUACAGUCUAGCCGAACACUAUAUCAAGAGAUUCGAGCUUUCCAGAAUCAAGGCAAAGCCGUGCGUGUGCUUAAGGACGAACUCGAGGCACUCGAAAACGUUCUAAAGGUCCUCCACGAGACACUCAACAACGAGGAGGUAGACCUCAAGGGACUGGAGCUGCCACUCUUGCGUUGCGGCAAUGCCUGCAAGGAUUUCCAAGUCCUGGUUGCGAAAUUGACAAAAGGUUCUUCGUCGGGAAAUGCAAGUUGGAGGGACUGGGCGAAAUUAAAGUACAUGGGCGACGAUAUUACAGGCUUCAAAGAUAUGUUGGCGGGAUACAAGUCAACCAUCACCUUCAACGGUCAAGUUCAGCGAGUUUGA